GUUAUGACUUGUUUCAUGUCUUGCUUGAUGAUUGCUCUGACUGCCAGUGGAAUAACGGAACAGUUGAUCCAUAUUCAGAAGGCAAGAGUGGCCGCGGUAAAAAUCGCCAAGUUCCUCAAUACCAAAAAGCUUUUGACUACGCCAAGCUUCAACCAUGGGAAACUCAGCCUUUACCCCGACCAGUUCCUUGGAAAUAUUAGCUUCAAGAAUGUAUCCUUUGCCUAUCCUUCCAGAAAACAUCAGAUAAUUCUCAAGAGCGUCAGUUUGUCGUUUAAGGCGAACCAAACUACGUUUAUCGUGGGGGUUUCCGGUUCGAGUAAAUCCACUUUAUUCCAGCUUUUAUUUGGUUUCUAUUUACCUUCAGCGGGGAGAGUGGACGUGGAUGGAUUUGAAGUGAGAAAUGUCAACGAGGGUUGGUUAACAGACAAUAUCACACUAGUUCAACAAGAGUGUAUCUUGUUCAACGAUACAAUCAGGAAUAACAUCACUAUGACGUCCAACGGAAAUGACCCAGAGACGUCUGAUAGGUUUGCAGAGGCUUGUAAGAUUGCCCUUGUGAAUGAGAUGGUGGAGGAUUUUCCUGAUGGCCUUGAAACAAAUAUAACAGCAAAGGGUACUUCGUUGAGUGGUGGUCAGAGACAGAGAGUUGCGUUAGCUAGGGCUAUUUUCAAAAACCUGUCCGUUCUUAUUUUGGAUGAAGCUGUAUCAGCCUUGGAUAUAUCCCUCCGAAGGAGGGUAAUGUUCAAUAUUCGAAAAUGGCGCCGAGAGAAGACUACUAUCAUCACGACCCAUGAGCUUGACACGAUAUCCCCGGACGAUUAUGUCUAUGUGAUGGAAGAUGGGAAGGUGUGCGAAAGCGGUACGAGCCAGCUGUUAGAGCUCCAAAGGGACAGCGCGUUUAGUUGGUUGAGGUCCAGGGAUCGUGAGGGUGCAAGAGAGCUUGAAGAGUUGCCAAGAGAAAAUAGUGUUAAUCCGUUUUCAAAUGCCUUCAGAGUAGAAGAUAAUGUUUACUUUGAGUUCUCAAAGCCCCUCAACAGUCGGUACUCUGCGGUUUCCCAUAAGUUUCUCUUAGGCUUUUCGGAGAGCCCUAGCCAGCAUGGUUACGUUUCUGAAUCUUCAAUCGAUCUCUGCGAUCAUAAAAUCUUGAGCUACCAUACUCCGAUUUCGUCGGAGCAGGAGGCUGUGGAACUGUACAAACUCGAUACAGCUACGAGACCAUAUAAGAGAACGGUUCCGAGUACAAAAAUAUCUACCGAAGUGAUGGGGGUGAUUGAAAUUCUAAGGUUUAUGAUGGGGCAUAUCCGAAAGAAGUUGCACUUGGUCUUGGGGGUCAUUUGUGCCGUUAUAAACGGGGCAUCCAAUCCAGUAUUUUCCUUUGCGUUUUCCAAGUUAAUAAGCGGUAUUAUUACCAGUGAUAAAGAUGUUAUGGAUGCUCACUUCAUCCUCAAAUGGUCGAUAAUUGUGAUAGCAAUCUGCAUUGUGGAUUCCGCCACCACCUUUGGAAAGUCCAUCUUUCUUGGUUACGCUGCUGAGAUGUGGAUCUUGGAGUGCCGUAAACAAAGUUUUGACUCCAUCUCCAAACAGGAGGUUUCUUGGUUCAGUGGAGCCAACCGUAACCCAGCCGAGAUCUCAGCUCUACUUAUGAAUGACACACGAGACUUGCGGAACUUGGUCUCGGAAUUCCUAAGUGUCAUAGGGAGUAUUUUCGUUCUUUUGACCGUUGGAAUUAUCUGGGCCCUAGUGACUGGUUGGAAGUUAUCACUUGUUGGGAUUUCGUUGAUCCCUUUGUUUGCCCUUUGCACGAUGGCGUAUUCCGGGUUUCUUCGAUUCUCAGAAGCGUCUUACAAGGUAGCAGUUGCUGAGCUCGAGAACCAAGUGCACGACACGGUGGAUGGGAUUAGAACCAUCAAGUGUUUAAACAUGAAGCGCCAUUUUUGCCACUUAUUUGACACACAAAGAGAUGCCCUCCUAAGGCUGGGGACUAACAGGGCUGUACACACGGGAAUGGGCGUGGCUAUUAACAGCUUAAUCACCUAUCUCUGCCAGUCGAUUUUAAUGUACUACGGGGUCAGAUUAGUGGCCAUGGGAACAUACACGUCUGGUCAAAUGUUUCUUGUGUUUACUUUACUAGUGUUUUCGAUGACCACAGCAGGCCUGUUGAUGGGUCAGUUGCCAGAUAUUAGCAGGGGUCAAAGAGCUGGCACCUAUAUCGUCGAGUUACUCAGGCUUCCUCCUUCGGACACCGAGACAUCAGGAGCCCUGGACCUCUUCAGCAUUUUCCAAGCGCCGUAUCCCUUGCUUGAGUUUAGAGACGUCACAUUUGCUUAUCCAAGUAACUCUGAUGUGUUGGUAUUAGAUGGACUAAACCUCCAGAUCCACAAGGGCGAAACGGUAUGCAUCAUGGGCCAGUCUGGGAGCGGGAAGUCCACCAUUGCGUCUCUCAUGUCAAAGUUGUACUGCCCUACCGCAGGGUCGGCUCUGUGGAAUGGCGUCCCGGUGACCAGGCUACUGGCUUUUUGGUUGCGUUCUCAAAUUGCGGUUGUACCUCAAACGGCCACAUUUUUCGAGGGGACGCUACGGGACAAUUUGCUGUACGGAUUGGCCGAAUUGGUAUCUGACGCGCAAUACGAGGAGCUGUUGAAAAUGGCGAAUAUCUAUGACUUUACGGUUUCAUUACCCCAAGGAUUGGAAACCCGGAUAGGAGGUUCUUCAAAUCUACUUAUUUCUGGAGGACAGGCCCAGAGGCUUUCCAUCGCUCGAGCCUUGCUUAGGAGACCAAAGAUUCUCAUCAUGGACGAGUGUACCUCGGCUCUUGACACCGAAAACACUCAGAUAAUUGCGGAUUUGAUCACUAACAACUUGAGCAUCCAGAAGGGGCUUACAACAAUUGUUAUUACCCAUUCAGAGAGCUUGAUGAGAGCGUCUUCUAGAAUCCUCACCAUUAAGGAGGGAGCUGUCUGCGAACUGGGUAGUUUUCAGCGAUUGUACAACCGGCGGGGGGAAUUUUUCCGAAUUGUUGCCAGUGGUAGGCAAUAGUAUAUUUAGUCACUAUCCAUUAAAUAUUAGACAGUACUUACUCUCUCAAGC